GUGUUCGUACUGGCUCCAGCUCGACUCUAGUGGAUAACAUUGCGUGGAAAAUAAUGUUAAGUCCGCUGUAUGGAGCCGACCUCCUCCAUCCACGCUCCGGCGGCGCCACCGCCAACUUCCCACCGAGUGUCCGCUAAAGAGCUCCAUCGGACGGGGGAUGUUCUGUGGAAUCUCCGCCCGGCGUAUUCACGGGCCGGGGGAGGGGGCACUAUGGCUUGAGGAUUUGGGGGAGACUCCACCGUACGCUGCUGACAACAGGUCACAUGGAUAAUCCCUCUCCAAACCAAACCCACCGUAUCAUCCCGUGUUUUGGGUGAUUAGAGCGCCGCUGUCGGCUUGAUGUGGUAGCUGAGCCGAGCGGGAGGUGGACAGCUCGUCCUGGCUGUCGACUGAGAGGACAACGGCGUGGAGGUGCAGGUGUUUGUGCGGCUGAGGGGGCUUCAUCAGGAUGGAAAUAGAUGCCUGUUUUCGCUACUACUUCCAGCACCCGUGGUCGCGUCUCAUCGUGGCCUACCUCGUCACCUUCUUCAACUUCCUCAUCUUCGCCGAGGACCCCAUCUCCCACAGCCAGACGCAAGCUCACAUUACUGUGAUGGGCAACUGCUUCUCCUUCCUGUUCAACAAGUACCCGGGCCUCGGGUGGAACAUCCUGAAAGUAAUGUGCUGGAUCCUGGCCAUUAUCACCGGCCUGUUAGCCGGGAAGUUUAUCUUCCACCGCCAGCUCUUUGGUCGAUACCUGCGCCUGAAAAUGUUCCGCGAGGAUCAUGGCUCCUGGAUGACCAUGUUCUUCAGCACCAUCCUCUUCCUCUUCAUCUUCUCGCACAUCUACAACCUCUUCCUGCUGAUGUCUGGAGGCAUGGGGCCUCACAUGGUCACAGACUAUAUGGGCAUCAGGAAUGAGAGCUUUAUGAAGAUUGCGGCGGUGGGGACGUGGAUGGGAGAUUUUGUGACAGCCUGGAUGGUGACAGAUAUGAUGCUUCAGGAUCAACACUACCCAGACUGGGGCAAAGCUGCAAGAAGGUUCUGGAAACGAGGCAACAAUCGAAUCGUCCUCUUCUGGACUGUGCUCAUCUCUUUGACCUCGGUGGUGGUCCUGGUCAUCAGCACCGACUGGAUCAGCUGGGACAACCUCAACCGCGGCUUCCUGCCCAGCGACGAGGUCUCCAGAGCCUUCCUAGCCUCCUUCAUCUUGGUCUUUGACCUUCUCAUUGUUAUGCAGGACUGGGAGUUUCCUCACUUCAUGGGUGACCUAGAUAUGAAUUUACCUGGAAUGUCAACAACACAUGUGAAGGUCAAGCUUCCUGUCUGCAAGCGCAUCUUUAAGGAGGAGUACCACAUUCACAUCACAGGCAAGUGGUUCAACUAUGGUAUCAUCUUCCUUGUGCUUAUAUUCGACUUAAACAUGUGGAAGAACCAGAUUUUCUACAAGCCCUACGAGUACGGACAGUAUGUUGGGCCAGGAGAAAAGAUCUACACGGUGGAGGAGCCAGAAACGCUCAGAGACUUCAACCACAGCACGCUCACCUACGAGUGGCGCUCCACCAACAUCAACCCGAGCACCAACAAGACGUACGUGGAGCGGGACAUGUUCCUCCACAGCCGUUACAUCGGGGCCAGCUUGGACAUCAAGUGCCUGGCCUUCAUCCCGAGCCUGGCGGCGUUUGUCCUCUUCGGCUUCUUCGUCUGGCUGUUUGGACGCUUUCAGGACAGCGAGACGUUCACAGAAAACCAAGACAAGGCGUACGAGAGGAUAAAGAGGAAAUCGCCUUCGGAGUACAGCAAGGAGAUGGGAGCGACCCCGGAGGACACGCACCUGACCAUGAGCGAUGGCCUGAAGCGCUCGGAAACGCCGAUGCUGCUGUCGGUGGACGGGCCGCACUUCGGAGCGACGCCUUCUACGAACUCGACCAUAUCGAUGGACACCCAGGAGACGCACCCGAGCAUCGUGAUAGACAACGCGGUGCAAGACGAGCCCGUUGUGUCGUUUGACGUCCGCAAACUCUCGCCGAUGCUGCUGUCGGUGGACGGGCCACACUUCGGAGCGACGCCUUCUACGAACUCGACCAUAUCGAUGGACACCCAGGAGACGCACCCGAGCAUCGUGAUAGACAACGCGGUGCAAGACGAGCCCGUUGUGUCGUUUGACGUCCGCAAACUCUCGCCGAUGCUGCUGUCGGUGGAUGGGCCACACUUCGGAGCGACGCCUUCUACGAACUCGACCAUAUCGAUGGACACCCAGGAGACGCACCCGAGCAUCGUGAUAGACAACGCAGUGCAAGACGAGCCCGUUGUGUCGUUUGAUGUCCGCAGACUCUCGCUGUGAACAUAUAAACUUUCCGACUGCGCGGAAGCAGAAAGACUUUACCAAGACUUCAGAUUGUUACAGGUUUUCUUACCCGCUAAACUUUAUCACACACACACACACACACACGUUACAUAAGCAAAGCUGUGUGACUUUCAUUGGGGUUUUAUGUGAUAGACCAAUACAGCACAGUGUAAAGGUUUUAAGAAUCUUUUAAAUAAUCAUUUGGGAAUUGUUGGCUGCAUUUGCAUUUAGCCCCUCUGACUCAAUAUUUUAUAUAAAAUUCUUUUUCCUUUUCAUCAUAACUUGAGCUCAAUCAGAUAAUACGGAGAGUGUCUGUGAACAUCAACUUUCACGUCUUACCGCUGACUCUCAAUUGGAUUUAAGCUUAGACUUUGACUAGGUCGCUAUGGCACAUGAAUAUGCUUUGAUCCGAACCAUUCAGAUAUAGACCAGUCUGUAUGGUUUGGGUUGUUAUUUGUUGCCACAUGUAGCAUUUUUGUACGUGGUCCAAAAAUCCAGUUUGUGAAAUAAACUCUCCAGAGAGCACGACUAAUGCCAUCGUAUCAUCACUCUCACUUGACCUUUGAACCUCUCCUGGCUGCUUCUCUCCUUACUAGACCUAGUCCUGUUUAGGUGGACACCUCUAGGUAAUUUGUAGUAUAAUUUUGGUCUUACUGAUGGUAGUCUCUAGCUGAUUUUUUUUAUUAUUAUUAUUGGUAUCAGAAUAAAGGGGCUGAACAUAAAUGCAAAACCUUUUAUUUGCAAAAAUAAAUAAAAAAUCCUAAGUUUUUCCCUUAAUAGUUAUACUUUAUUUUGGUCUUCAUAUAAAAUCCAAUUAAGUCACAUACAAAUUUGUGUAAAAAUGUAAAAAUAUAUAUACAUAUAUAAGUCAAAGAAUGCUUCUGCUAGGCAGUAUGCAGAGUACAUGUGCUCGGGUAAGUGACAUUGAGAGAGCAGGUUGUGUGGUUUUGAUAUGUUUUUUUUUUUAAGAUAUCCUCUGAAAAAGCCUCCAUACUGGCACCGGUUCUGAUGCAACUAGCCUAAUAUGAAGCAGAUCUUUUUAAAACAGACGGCAAACUUUUAAUUGACACGGUGCUGGCUUGGAUUUAAUUUGCUUUAGUCGUGGUUAAACUAAUGGGUGCCUAUGUCUGAGGAGUGUUUCUGCUUCUGUAAUUCAGAGCCGGAGCAGCACUACAGCUACAAUCGUGCCUUGAUAUUUCAUACGUUUAUAUACCAACAGCCUGCUGCUGCGGAAGAUGUCCUAAUUAUGGUCUGCUUGACUGAUCCCUGCUGUCUCUCCUCAUAUCAAACCAACAAUUGUUACCUCAUUUGGUCCUCAGCUUGUGCCGUUUUUAAUUUCUUCUCUUAUGUUGCUUUUAAUCCGUUUUUAACGUACGUCUCUUGUCAAAAUGACGCGAUUAUCAGCAUCAAUCUACGUUGAUGACCUUUUCAUAUCCCCUCACUCGAUAUUAGGCUGGAAGAUAAUAAAUGCAAUCAGCAGAGAUGAAAUAGCAAAAGCAACAAGCCGCUCGAUGAUUGCAAAUGCGGCUCCUGCUCCUUUCUCUGAAUAUCAACCGAGUCGGGAGGUUGGUUUUGCCCUUGGCAUAAACAUGCUAUUGAAGUGGAGGGGUAUGUCUCUUUUUUUCUUCUUCUUCUUCUUCUUUUUCUUUCUUUAAAGCUCAGGGCUUCUUUAUGUCUAAAUAAUCUUUUGAAGGUUUUGGAAGCGGGUUUUUGCAGGUAUAUAUUUUUGAAUAUUAUUCAUUUAGCACAUCAUUCUCUGCUGCUCUGAACUCAUUCUGUAGCCGCAGUAUUUAUCUUCACAGUCGCUUUAAAGGUGUCUUUUUCAGAAUUUUCCAUGUCCUACGUUAUUUCUUUGUAAUGUAGAUCUGUGGGAGUUGGUCCAAAAAUGUGCCCUUAGACAUUUUUUUUUUUUGCUUUAAAGUGCAAAUAUGAAUUAAAUUAUUAAUGAGUUACAGAUAUAUAUAUAUAUAUAUAUUAUUUUCUGCAUGUGUGUUAAAACAUUUCAGCAAGUACUUUGAGACCAAAGAUUCCAGAUAAUCCGGUGUUUUAACCCUGCGAGAGAUCUACUUGAUUCUCUUGGAAAGAAAAGGCCAAAUACAUAGUGGCUUGAAGCCCUUCUUAAAAUGUCUUUAAUCAAGCAGAUAAACGGAUAAAAAAAAAAAAAAAAGUAAUAAAAACUUGCGUUUUUGCUAAACACGCCCAAAAUAAUUUAAAAAAAGAACAGCCAAUGAUUUGGUUUUAUUAGUGGUUUAAAAGUGUUGCGUUAACUGAUUGUAUUCAUUUAGUACAUGCAGUGAGACGAUGUUUAACGUUACACAUGCUUCAUUUCUGUUUGUAAUAAGAUGUUUUUUGGGGGGGUUUUUUAACUGAAAGGUUAUGUACUGGUGAGGCGCUCCAUACUGGAGUUCGUUACAUGGGAUGUUUAAUUGAGCUCAUCGUGUGUCUGUGGAUGUUCGUUUUUGACAGAGGCCGUUCUAUGAAGAGGUCAGUUUAUUUAGCAUAAUUUCUUUGCAGCUCUUGAUUCUGUAAUUUAUUAUUAUUAUUAUUUUUUUUUUUUUUUUUACAUUAGAAGCCACAAAUCACAUUGUAGCAUUUAACUUAGAAAGAGGUGAAACUGUGUGGAAAGUGCUGGGGGAGGGAAGCCUGGACUUUCCAGAUGUUCUUACUCAAUUUGUUGCUUUAUUUGUGUUUUGUUCCAAUAACUGGACCUUCCCUUGCUUCUGCUGUGUCGUAUAUCUGUCCAAUCCUGUGCUGCCAAUAAAUCAACUGUUUUCUGUUGUUUUUCUUUUUAUAU